AUGAUUAGCAUGGGAGUCAAUUUGUCGGUUGUAUUAUCCCCCGAUUAUUCAAUAAAACGUCGAAGCUACCCACCGUGGCUACGAAGACGUUCACCAAACAAAGUACUUGUGAAAGGACGACAACAACUGUUGAACGAUAAAUUAAAUAGCGUUCGUAAUGCAAUAACGUGUAAUAAUGAAGAACAAUUAUUUAUUCAAACACUAUUGAAACAAGAUGUUGAAAAACGAGUAAAACAAGGAAAACAGCUGCCAUCUGUUCUAGUUGUAGAAUUUGAUGCUGUUAGCCGUUUAAUGUUUCAUCGAAAAAUGCCAAAAACAAUGGCUUUUAUUCAAAAUAAAUUAAAGAAUUCGACAAAGUAUACAACAAUUGAAUUUGAAAAAUAUCAUUCAUUAGGUAAAAAUUCUGAAGAUAACCUUCGUCCACUAUUGUGUGCUAGUGGAUCACUUGGAUAUGGCCGAUUAAACGUUGAGAAUAAAACGGCUAAUUUACGAUGUACAUUCGACAAUUAUAUUUUCAAUGUAUUUAAAUCAAACGGUUAUUCGACAUCACUAAUAACAAACAUGUGUUGGGAUUACAUUGCAGAUUAUUUUGGUAGAACAGAUGCUUAUAAUGUUGAUUAUGAAUAUGUGACAUGGUCAUGUCAUCCAGAAUAUGAUGUUUAUGGAAAUUGGGGUGAUUACACUGGUCCAUACGGUGUAAAACGUCGAUGUAUAAAUGGAAAAUAUGUUCAUAAAUAUCAAACUGAUAUUAUUAAAGAUUUUGUAUAUAAACAUGCUGUUAAACAAUUACCGUAUUUUUCGUUUAUAUCAUUUAUAGAAGGACAUGAAAUUGGUUUGAAUGUUUUAGGUUUAGUCGAUGAUGAUUUUGUUGAAUUAUUAGCACAUUCGGUUUUAUAUAGUUUCCUGGCUUCCAGUCCAAUGUAUUGUCGAAUGUUCGGAAAAUCUUAUACCUAA